AUGGCUCCCUCCAGGGGUGCUGCUGUCUACAAAAAGCAAGAUGGUGUUCUGGCCAUCUCCAAGGACAGGCAGGCAGUUUCGUGGACACCAAAUAACCCCCCGGAUGCCACGCCUUCGUUGGUGAUCACGGUAUCUACUAUCACGAACUUGCAGCAGACGCCUGAAAGCAGUGCCAAGGUUAUGCUCAAGAUCUUUGCUCAGCCGAAAGGACAGACUGAGCCGGUUGGACAUGUCUUCGCUUUCACUUCACCAUCUAGUGCAAGGGCCGAAGCGAACGCAAUCAAAGAAGCUUUGACAACCGCUAUUCAGGCCUACAAGGCCGCGCAGAAUAGCGAUGCUGCUAUUAGUGGCGGGUCGUCGGCUGCCAUGGCUAUUGCAAAUGCCAUCUCCGGUGGGAAAGGGGGGAAUGUGUGGGAGGAUGAUGAGAAGCUCAAAUCCAACCUAGACCUCCAGCAAUCCCUUAUGAGAGACGAUCCGAUGUUGAAGAGGAUGUUUGAGGAGUCUCGCAAGUUGAAACCGGAAUCUCUCUCGAAUACGCAAUUCACAGCACAGUUCUGGGCCUCGAGGAUACAUCUACUGAGAGCACAUGCCAUCGCGGGAAGUCAAGCCAGAGGGUCGUACAACGUCUUUUCCACCUUAAAGCCUACCUCUGAUGGGGGUGAAAAGAAAUUGAGCUUAAGUAAGGAGCAUGUUCACUUGAUAUUUGCCCAGUACCCUCUCGUUCUCCGGGUUUACGAUGAUGUGGUACCCAAACCAUACGACGAGACAGCUUUUUGGUCAAGAUUCUUCCAAAGCAAACUCUUCAAGAAGUUGAGAGGGUUAAAGAUUGAUCAAAAUGAUGCCACCGACACAGUCUUGGAUCAGUAUCUGGAUGCCGAAGAAUUUUCUGGACGCCGAGAGACCCAGCGAGAGAUGCAGGUGCCGCGUAUCAUUGACAUGGAAGGAAAUGAAGAGCAUCACAGUCAGCGCAAAGGCAAUGCUCCAUACCGAGAGCUUCGACCUCAGUCUCUCGAGAAAGUUCCCAUUAUCCGCACAUUGAACACCUUGAGCGAAAAACUCAUGGCGCAAGUAGCACCAUCAGACAUCGACCCCUCUCAGCCAAUUGGUAUGGACGAGGCUACGUAUGAGAAUCUGAGACUGCGCGAUUUGGCAGGGGACCCUGAGCAGAAUCGAAUUAUUCUGAACGUUCGGGAUCAGAGCCGAUUCUUUACGGAUUCCAGGGACACGGCUGAAGACUCAAAGGAGAGUCAGUCCUUACCAUAUGUGGAUCCAGGAGCAGCGAUCAGAUCCGUUUGUGAAGACUUGACACAAGCAUUCCCUCAACCUGGCUUUGCGGCUAUCAAGGUUGAUGGUUCUGACCAGGAAAUGGACGACGAUCAUAGUGACGACGAGAAGGAAAAGGAAGUUCCUCCAUCGGCAAGAGCUUACUCGCAUAUCAUGGACCUCGUGCAUCAGCACAGCGAGCAGACACAGGACAUGCCUGCUCAAAUGGGAUUAUCAGCAACUAUUUAUGAACGAGUCACCUUGACCCAUGCAAGUACAACGGAGUUUCUCCAUCAAUUUUGGGCUGCCUUUCUGUCGGGUGACCCAAGCCGUGCGAAUGAGAUCGCAUCCCUGGUGGAGUCUUUAAAUCGAGCAAUGGACAGAAUCAAGGCUGUAGCAGAUGACGCUGAUGGAGAGCGAAACGAACUUGUUCGUGCAGCCAAAAGAACCGCAAUCGAUUUCCAACAGCGCACCGGUGUGAAGCGGAAGAUGGACUUGAAAGCCAUCAAGGGAGGCGCAGAGGUGGUGAAUCAGCUAUUGGGACCGACUAUCUCGGCUGUGUCAACAGCGAGUGCGAAGUACAGAAAGGCGUUGCAAGAACAGUCCGGGGAGAAUGAUUGA